CAUUACAUCUUUACCCGCCCAUUUCCUUUACUGCUCCUUCUCUGCCGCUCGACGGAACGCCACACCACUGCUGCAAACUCACGCCGCUAUACCAACCAGCGUCUUCUGUCGCAGUUCCUUCCUCGUUCAAUCGCUGUUGGGUUCGUUCUAAUUUGAAAUCCUCCCUUAUCGAGGGAUUCCAAACAGAAACUACAAAAUUUCAGAGGAAAAAUGGCAGCUGAAGAUCUUUCAGAAGCAAGAGCAGCCCUCAGCCUCCUCCGCAGUAGACUCUGCAACUCUAGUUUCUAUUCCAAACCUCCAUCGAAUUCUUCUGAUAGCAAUUACAGUAAAUUGAAGUUCAUAAUAUCCAGUUCGGUGACUGAAGCGUGUAAUAAUUCAAUCCUGCUUCUCGGCCCCCGGGGUUCGGGGAAAAUGGCGGUGCUGGAACUUGUUCUACAAGAUCUAUUACUAGAAUAUCCGGAUAUGAUUACCGUGAUAAGGUUGAGUGGUCUUCUGCAUUGUGACGAUAAUGGUGCCUUCAAGGAGAUUGCUAGGCAGCUUUGCUCAGAGUAUCAAUUAUUAUUCUCAAAAAUGGCAUCAUUCGAUGACAAUUCCAAGUUUAUGAUAGCUAUGCUACGGGAGUGUGGCUUGGCACAUAAGACAAUUGUUUUUGUACUCGAUGAAUUUGAUCUUUUUGCACAAGGAAAACAACGGUUACUUUAUAGUUUGUUAGAUGCCAUGCAAUCAGUAUCAUCACAAGCUAUUGUUAUUGGCAUCAGUUGUCGAUUGGAUGCUGAUCAGCUACUCGAGAAAAGAGUAAGAUCUCGGUUCUCCCAUAGAAAGCUGUUAUUUCUUCCUCUCUGCAAGGAAGAUGUUGAGAGAUUGCUGGAGGACAUUUUAUCAUUGCCAAUAGACUCAGACCUUCCUCACGACUACAUUAUCAAAUUUAAUGCAAAGCUUCAUAACAUGUUAGCAAAUGAGAGAUUUAAAAAGAUCAUUAACACUUAUUUGGACUCUGAUUCGACCGUCAAACAAUUUGUGAGAUAUCUGUUUUGUGCCAUAUCAAAGAUGGACUUGAAAUCUGGGUUGCUGACCGUUGAGAAUUUUGAACAUGCUCUUUCCGAUAUUCAAAGGCAGCCAAAGCAGGAAUAUAUAAAAGCAGAUUGUUCCAUAUUGGAGCUCUAUAUUCUGGUAUGUAUGAAAAGGUUGGAAGUUAAGGAGCAGAAUUCGUAUAACUUCAAUUCUGUAAUGAAAGAGUACAAGAGUAUACAUGAUUCAUUCCGGACAUCUGAUUAUUAUUCACGAAGUGUAUGCUUACGGGCUUUUGAGCACCUUCUACAGCGUGAAUUAAUCUGUUUCGCUGACAACCGUGGACAUACUCAAUCAAUUGAAUUUCGACCAGCCAAGCUGUUAAUAACAUCUCAUGAACUACAUCAUGGACUAAAGGCAUACCGUUCAUGUCCUGUCAUCCUUCAGAAAUUAAUGAAUUGAGGAGGUGAAAUUCAUGCAGCUGAGGUGACUGGAUGGCUGUUUAGAAGCCUCCUCGCAGCGAGUUUUCCAAAGUUUUAAGUAUAUAUAAUACACAUAUGUUUACUUCCACAGAUGUUCUUCUGGGACACCAGACCUUUGUGCUUGUGCAAGGCAGCUCAGGAUCAGCGGUAAGUCCCUUAUCCGAAUGUCUUUUCUGGUUAUUUUCAGGCUAGAUUUGACAAUUACUCAGCUCAGUUCCUAGGUGGGAGUUUCGAUUAAUCGAAAAUUUUCAUUUAUUGAAUCAAAUUUGCCCACCCUCCAUCUCAUUGUUGUUUUCUUCGGCUCCCUGUGUGUACAUUCAAAAUAUUGGAACAAAAAUCCUAAAUUAGUGUUGCUCGUCUAAGUAUAGGUCAACUGCUCAAACCGUUGUAUCAUCGACCUAAGAGUUAUGAGGUUUGGAUCUCCAUAUCCACGUGUCGAACUCAAAAUGUUUAGAUCAGUAGACAUGUCGUCAGAGGAAAGGCGAGAAGUUUAAGUUUUAUGUGGUUUAGUUGUGUAAGGUUAUGGUUAAUUACUACUACAUUAUCACAUGCAUUAAAACUAAUCUGCAGUGUGCUUAAGGGUAGUGAAACUUUUGGACAGGAUUUUGGUUAUCUCAGCCUUUUAGUAUACUUUGGUCUU